AGUAUCAUGUAAUCAUUAUUCAUUCAUAGACUUACGAAUUAGGCCUUAGUUGCAUACCCUCUUGUAAGUAGAGGGGGAAAAAAUACGAAAUUCAAUCAAAUUAAUUUUAAUGUUUACAUUAAAACAUUGUAGUAUAAGUUAUAAAAAACAUCUUUAGUUUUCGAAAUCAAUCAAUUUUUAAUCAAAAUCUUUACAAUAAUGUCUGAUGAACUUGCCAAUCCAAAUACUUGGCAAUAUGUUUGUUAUUCACUGCCAGUUAUUAUACCAUUAUCUGUAUUUAUGUUUAACAAAUGUUGUUCCAACAAAUAUAACACUUUAAAAUCUAAGGUGGUAUUAAUAACUGGUGCCAGUUCUGGAUUAGGUGAAACAUUAGCCCAUGAAUUUUAUUCACAUGGGUGUGCAUUGAUUUUAACUGGAAGAAAUCCUACAGAGCUAGAACGUGUGAAAAGUGAUUUGUUGAGUCGAAAUGAUGUAAAGAAUGUAAAUAAACCAUGCACUUUAGUCUUAGAUCUUAUUGAUCAAUCUACCAUUGAAGUUGUUAGUCAAAAAGUUUUAGGAGUGUUUGGUCGGGUUGAUAUUUUGAUAAACAAUGCUGGUAUAAGUUAUAGAGGUAGAGCUGAUGCAACAACAGCUGAAGUUGAUUACAAAGUUAUGUUAGUCAAUUAUUUUGGUCAAGUUGCACUUACUAAAGCAUUAUUACCUAGCAUGAUACAUCAUAAGAGUGGACACAUAGUAGCAAUAAGUAGUGUUCAAGGAAAAAUAGCUGUUCCAUUUAGAUCUGCUUAUACAGCAUCAAAACAUGCUUUACAAGCCUUUUUUGAUACAUUGAGAGCUGAGAUUUCACAUCAUAAAGUGAAGGUAACAGUUGUAAGUCCUGGUUAUAUUCAAACUAAUUUGUCUUUAAAUGCUUUGACUGGAUCUGGCUCAAAAUAUGGCAUUAUGGAUGAAUCAACAAUGGCUGGUUAUUCUGCUGAGUAUGUUGCUCAACAAAUUGUAGAGGCGGUAGUUGAUGAUGAACAAGAGGUUAUAAUAGCUCCACUAUAUGCCCGCUUAGCUAUUGGAUUACGUUACAUUUGGCCUAGAUUGUAUUUUUGGAUAAUGAAAUACAGAGCUAAUCGAUAUACUAGUCAAAAAAUGUAGGAUUUAAGGAUUCCCUGCCAUCAGACAGACGAGCAUCGGCUGCAGCCCGUUUUUGUCGGCAUACGGGAAUCUCAUAUUUGACAAAAAAGGUCAGUCACUAUAUUUUUAGAAGUUGAUCAAAUUUUUUAUUGUUUUAUUUUGUAUGGUUCCAUGAAUACUCUAGUAAAUAGGUAUUUUAGAUGCACAGUUAUGAUAAAAAUUUAUGAAACAAAUAGAUAUUAUGCAAUGGUAAUUAAUUUUAAAUUUGAUCUUAUGCACUUAAAAUUAUGAAAUUUUUUAAAUUAAAAUUAUUUUAAUUAUUUUAACUAACUUGAAAUACACUUAUUUUUGAUUUCCCAUUUUAUUAAAAUUUAUAUUUUAUUUUCUAUUUAAAAAUGAAGUUGUUUUUAAAAAAUUUAUAAUAUUUUUUAUUUGUUACUGUAUAAACAUUCCAUGUAUAUUUUAGUAAUUGCCGUCCAUAUUAUGCUUAAGGAUUUAUGAAAAAUUCUAUUUUUUGAAUGUUUAUAUGUACUAUUAACAUAACUUUAUUAGGAAUUAUAAAUUAAUGAUAAAUAAUUAGGUUUUCAUAAAAAAUAAUAAAUUUUCACUAACAAAAAAAAAUAAUAAUAAUAAUAAUAACACAUGUUAAUAUUAUUAAAUUUGAUGCUCUUAACUCUUAGUAAUAAAAUAUAUUCUAGAUAUCCUAUGUCAAUUACUGUUGUUUAAUUAAUUAAUCAUUAACUGUGCAUAAUUGCAUUAAUUUCAAUUAUAACUUUGCAAAGAAGCUUAUCUUAGUUAAGUAUUAAUAAUAUAUUUUCUUCUACUAUUGUAAAAAGUAGAACAAAUUACUUUGUACAAUUAGUUAAACUUGACAUAUUAUGUUUGAUUAGUCUAAAUUGUUUUACCAAAGUUUUAUAAUUAAUUUUAUUGUUAGUCAAUUAUAUUUUUUAAAUGAUCUCUUUCUUUCUUCAUAAGACUAUUUACAAAUUAAAUUAUGUAAUUAUAAUGAUUAGUUGCUUGAUAUAUGGUGCUUAUUACACAUCUUGUGUUCCUUUUUAUUAAAGUUUUGACAAUAUUUAUGUAAUGUUUCUUCACAAUUUUUGUAUCACCAGAGAAUUAAUUUUAUUAGCCACUAAUUUACUUAUUAUAUACAUGUGAAUAUAACAGCGUAUUGACAAUUACAUUUUAGAACUUGUUUAGCUCAUGUAAUAGCAGUAGUUCUGACAUUUGUCAAUUAUUUAUGUGUACCUAUAGUGAGUUAUUAAUAUAGUUUCAACCUUUACCUAUGAA